AUGUCCGUCGGGACACACGAACCGACAGCAGAGUCGUCUGGCGGGACAAACGGAAGAGAAGUAGUACCUCCCCUUCAGACAAGCGGACCGGCAGCGAAACCAAAGAUUCGCAAGAGAUGCUCAGAAGCACGGGAGUCCUACAAACGCAGGCGAGGUAUGGGGAUAAGCGCUCACGAUCUGACCAAGAAGAUUCGGAAACUCGACUUAUUCCCUGAAAUCUCGAAGGAACUUGCCAUAGAAGUAGAAGAAGCUUUGAAGGAUCUUCAGGAAUAUGAGGAAAAUUCGAAAAAGUAUCCCGAUCAAAGCUUUCCAAACCCCAUGGAUCGUACAAUACUUCCGCGACUUCCAACCGAAGAUGAAUACGCGGAGGCUCUGAAAGAAGUCCAAGAUAACUUUAGGACUAUUGACCAUGGCUACGUGAGGAUAUUCGAUGCGAAAAGCGUUAACAUCAUUUGCAUUGUUAUGUACACCAAACUUUCGGACUUGAAUCAAUGCCUACGACCACAGCUCGACUUUCUAUGCGAAUUCCUCCAUGGCUGCAAGUCGUUUAUCAUACCUCCUACUUCCGAAGAUCCCCCCGAAGGGUACUUCAUGUCGGCCAUGGGUUGGUCCCAGAAUAUGACUCGACUCAAAAUUCUUGAUCAAUACCGGGACGAAAAGGCCAUCGAAACGAAUCGAGAGGUCUAUGACCAACUCAUGGCAGGUUCCGAGAAAGCGGGAGGGACUCUCUGGAACAUGUACAAUAGACUCGCGAGCAGAGUUGCUGAGAAGACUAUGAAACACUUCAAGAAACCCAGUGGCACCUUGCCUGCCGACAAAGAUUUACCAGCCGUAGAUGCGAACGACGACGAAUCAACGAAUCAAGUAGCGGGCAAUCUAGCGUUUCCUACUAACGGUUUCUACGCUGAUCACUAUUGGGAUAAAGAAACGCUUCCCAAACCGCCAACGGCCUUCGCACUAGUCCUACCUACAUCCAAAUCGACCGGCCAGAUCAAAUCGAGAUCUGAAGGCUAUCAAGUCGAUCAUGGUCAACUGGUCUUUCCCGAUGUCAAGAUCGCCCUCACCUUCCCACCAGACACUGUGUGCGAGAUAGUCUUCCAACCUCAUGAGUAUGCCCAUGGAACUAUGAAGGCUAAGGCGUUUGGAGAUUCGUCUAGAUUGGGGAUCUGUAUCCAGGCAGCGCCCAGUUCUACUUAUGUAGUCAAUAAACUUUUAGAAGUACCUCCUAAUGAAGAAACUAGUACAUCGGAAAAGUAG